AUGAAGAGGCUCAUAUCCUUUCUCACAGUCUGUCGCUGCUGCAGUCGAGUUCCUCUGAGCUCAGCUGUCAGUCUCUGGAGCAUGGAGCAGGAGGGAGAAUUCAUCUCCUCCAUUUAUUACGGCCCCAUCAGCAGACAAGACACAGAACAACUACUGCAGUGUUUCGGGCGCGAUGGCAGCUUCCUGCUGCGGGACAGUGAGACCUUACCUGGAGCCUACUGCCUAUGCAUCAGAAAAUCCCCUUUUGUUCACACCUACCGACUCUUACAAUCUUCACACGGCUGGUCCCUUCAGGGCUUGAACACACAGACAUUUCACAAACUGCAAAUGUUGAUAGAAAACUACAGGACGUGCUCCUCCUCUGAAAGGCCGACGGUUCCCUUUACAGACCCCCUGGUCAAAACACAGCUGCCAAACCUCAGCCCAGGACCAGAGUAUUUACAAAUGUAA